AUGUCAAGUAAAAAACUUCUGUACAGCUCAGCGCUGCUAUUAAUCGUCGCAGCAAUUGUACUGAUAAACGACGUCAAGUGCGAACCGGCCAAGCCACAAAAGUUUUGCAGGGAGAGAGCCAAACUGAACGUCUCGGGCGACCUUGGCGAUGAGUACUUGCUCGUGGACGCCGAGGUCGACGCUAUGCUUGUACUGGAGUGCAAGUUCUGCGAGGACCCGAACGAAGAGAUGCUGUUGCGACCGAAAAUCUGGCACUGGCAGGAUUUGAACAGGACGAGCGAGCCGACAGAAGUCAAGCUUGGCAUGGAGAACAACGCCAGUCUGAACCGCAUCCUCUUGACUGUUGGUGGCGCCCUGGUUGUGAGAGUUUUCUCCCCAGGCGAUGCUGGAUUCUACAGUUGUCUCGGCGCCAAUCGCAAGAAGUUCGAUCGCGAGUACCAUCAUUAUCGGCUUGAACCUGUUUUUAAAAACGAAACGCUAGAACCAGCCAUGGAGGGAGACGAGACUGAUUACAAGAAAUAUCGUGAGCAGCAUCUGGUCCCCGUCACAUCGAAGUUUUCGUCCUCGGAAGAUACUGAAUUGGUAAAAAUCAGAAAAGAAGGAGUGACGCUCGAAGUAACUUCUGAAUGGAGACGCUGGAGCCACUGCAAGGAAUGCAAGGCCAAUCGUGGAGUCAGAAAGAAAAAAGCUCUGUGCAGGAUUGCAAGUUAUCUAGUAGAUGAAAAUGCAGAAAGUGGUAACAAAACUUCCGAGAUAAUUGACUUUUUUGCAAAUUUUCCAAUGAUACCUUGCAGAUCGAUCAUUCUCGGAGAGUUAUUUCCAAACGUGAGUAACGCCACGAGGUAUUUGCCGGAGUUUGUCGUCACUGAGCCAUGUAAACCCUGCAAAAAGGUAAAAAAGAAAAAAAACAAAUUCAAAUACAAAAGGCGCUACGUUUUGAAAGAAGGGGCGCAUCUUUCGAUCACUUGUCCAGAGUACUUGUGUUUUUAUUUUUUUGCUACACAAUCACCCGAUAAGUCAAAUGUUGUCUGGGAAAAAGAUUCAAAAGUUUUGGAAAAGGGCAAGGGCCACUCGUUUCGUAAAAAGGACCCGCAGCCAAGAGUCUUGGUCGACAUAUUUAUGACCAUUUAUUUAAAAGGUAUUUCUAAGUACGAGCAAGGGAGUUACACGUGUACCGUCGACGAUAUUCGUAUGAUGCAAGCAAAAGUAAUUGUCGUGACGGAGACGAAGCUUUUGACGCAAGCACACAUGAGAAGAUGCGUCAAAUGCAGAUCGAGGGGGGAAUUGGGAUCAUGCAAAGAUCCGUUCAAGUUCAACGCGACCCAAAUCGAAACCGAAAUAGGAGUCGAGAGCAUACCAUGUCCCUCCGGCUGGUGCGUCAAAAUCAUUGAAAGCAAAAAUCUUAAUAAUGAGUACGGCGUAGCCACGGAACGUGCGUGCCUCCAACGUGCCCUCGAGGAUAACGAGGAACGAUGCGCCUUUACCAAGUGGAACUACAAAAACGUGUACAUGUGUUUUUGUAAAGGAGAUUUGUGCAAUGCUGCCUCCACAUCCUCCACGAUCUCGGUUUUGUACGGCAUCGUGGUAGCUCUCAUUUUCUUGCGGUGAUCUAUCGUAUCCGAGAAAUUUCACAAAGUAAUACAUCGCGACCUCCGUACGUACUCGUAUCGUGUUAUUUUGGUUUAACAACUGUACAUGUAGAUAGAAGAAGUUGCAUAGAAUGUAAUUUAAUUUUUGUUUGUUUUUUUUUUCCUUGAUUAUUAAGUUGUGU